GAAGAGUUAUAGCCUUUUUAAAGGGCUAUUUACGUUUUUCAUUAAUUACAUUUUUAAUAAAAAUCAUACAAUGAUUACAUACGAGGUAUUAAUGUUAUAUAGGGUCAUGCCCAAGAUUGAAUUAGCGUCUGUGUUAAAACGAACAGCAAAUACAAUAUUUGACAAAGGUGGCAUAAUAAGAAAACUGGAAAAUUUGGGAACCCGAGACAUGCCGUAUAAAACUAGCGUGCAUGGAGUCGUUUAUAAAAAAGCUAGUUACUUUCUAAUUGAAUGUAAUGUUCCACCUACCACAAUAAAUUCACUAUUGGAUGAAUAUGGAAGAGAUGUAGAUAUAAUAAGACGAUCAAUUUACAAAAAAAAUGAACCAACCCAAUUUGAAUGCACAUUACAUGAAGAAUUACAACCACCGCCUUACAGAAAGGAUGUUCAAGAUCUCAUUAAACAAGCAAGGAAAUUAGAUAAGCCUAGGUUUAAAUAUAACACAGGCUUAGAUUAUUAUCCUUUCCAAAGAUAAUUUGUUUUGUAUUAAUAGUUAAAAUAUAUUUUCUUUUUAGUUUAUUCAUUUUUUAAUUCAUCUUAUGAAGUAUUAGUAUCUAGAAACUUUGUUGGUAGACGUUUUUUUCAUUGUGCUCUUAUCUACAACUAAAACACUAAAGCAUCCACUACAUUACAUCAAAAUUAAUCAAGUAAGAUUGUGUAGACACACUUAGCUUUGUGUUGUAUGUAUGUGUAUAAUAUGGUAUCAUGUACACUACAACUCAAAGGAUCUAUUGUGUCCCCCUGCGUGAGGAAACAAAUUUUUUUUUUAACAAUUUUUGUUACUUGAAUGCUUUUGUCGUUAGAUUCCACACGAAAGUUUUGUCUAAAUCCGAAUGUUAUUUCCAGUAGCGGGGUCCCCGCCGUUAGAGACCGUGGGUGUAACCCUGGUCCUUGAUACUGUACAAUCACUUUCAAUUAAAUUGUGUAAUUUAUAUUAUUAUAAAGUCAAAGAUUAGGGUCAUCAGAUUCCUUAUUAAUAUGUUCAUUCAAUAUUAUAAUAGGAAAUAAUGGUUUAUAAUAUUGAGGUAGCACACAGAUUCACGGGGGCCCCUGCUACAUAUAAUUAUUAGACACAAUACAAACACUUCAACGCUGUUUUAAUGUAUCUAGAUAAAGAUGGACGCUUGGUCUUAUAUUUAGCAUCGGGUAUAACAACAAAAUUGGGUUACAAGUAUCAGCAAAAUCAGCAUUUUGUAUUAAUAUUAGUUGGGGCCUCACCGAUUCACGGGGGCCCCGCGACUUUAAGAUACAUAUAAUUAGACACAAUACAAACACAUCAACGCUCUUUCAAUGUACCUAGAUGAAGAUGUGUCCUUGGUCUUGUAUUUAGCAUCCAGGUAUAACAACAAAAUUGGGUUACAAGUAUCAGAAACACCAGCGCUUGGUAUUAAUAUUAGUUGGUUAAUUAUUACAUGUACAUGUCGAACUAAGAGUUAAAAAAAUAAACUUCUUCUACAACUAUUA